UAGUAAAAAGAAACAUAGUAUUUGGAAGCUUUAAAUGGAAGAAGCAAAAAAGCAGCUUCAUCAACGGCCAUAACUCAUCCAUCCACGGCGUUUGACGGCGCUAUUUGGUGAUGAUGGCGUUGGUCAACUCAAGAUUGAAGAGGGAACAAUGCAACCGCACAAAACACGAUUCCAGCUUCUCCCAUUGGAAGAUACUGAUUGGCCCUUCUGAUUGGGAAGAUCAUUCCAAAGGAAAGGAAGGUUGUGUAAAAUACAGGAUUCAUAACCUCCCUCGGGAAUCGAAUCCAGGGGUGUAUGAGCUUGGAAUUGCUGUGUCCAAUGGUGGUUUGGGGCGUGAAAUUUCAAAGCUUACCCCUCAUUCUCACCGCAUAGUGGUGGUUUACCUUGGAGAAGCUGACAAUGUGAGAACAAGACUCCAGCGUUAUGGCAGAACAGGUGAUCAUCUGCACAGUGGCUGUUCGAAUGGUUCUUCUUCCCAAAAGGGGCGCCCCUUGUUUGAGGAUGUGUUUUCACAAGGAUUCUCAAUCAUUUAUAGAUGGGCUCCUAUGCAAAACAAGGAAGAUGCUCUGCGAACAGAAGCUCGGCUGCUCAGUAUAUUUGAUUAUGCGUGGAACACAAGCAGUAAUGGUAUCCGGAGGCCUGAAGAAAUUCUUCAAAAGCUUCAAAAAAUUGCUUCAGGCACUAGAACACUUUCAGAUGUGACCAAAGUGCUACUACCAUUCACUCAGAAGCAAGUGGGCAUCCGAAUUAAACCAAGCAAGCUACCUCAGGAAGAUGACAAGUUAGAUGAAGCAGACAAUGGCAGCUAUAAUUUCCUAUCUCGAGUAUUCAGUUUUAACAGAUCACGUCCUAGGAUAGUUCAAAGUACCACUGGUGUCGUUCAGGAGCAGGAGAAUGCUAAAAUUUGUGGAGUGGCAUUGGGUGAUGGUUUGUUUUGUAGAAGGCCACCAGCUGAGAAAAGAUUGAGGUGUCCCGAACACAAAGGAAUGAGAGCUAAUGUUUCCAUUGCCGAAGCAACCAGGGUACCCAAGUCAGAGAGCAAUGUUUCACAAAAAGUGGUUGGGAGUCCUGGUGAUGAAAGCCUGACAGACACAAAUGUAUGUGGAAUCAUCAUAAAUGAUGGCUCUGCCUGUACAAGACAACCAGUUAAAGGAAGAAAAAGAUGCCAUGAGCACAAAGGAAGAAGAAUUCAUGCAUCCUUUCAUGUAAAUCAGAAAUAACCAGCACUGCCUGUACAAGUUCCAUGCUUAAACUCCAAAAUGAGUUAGUUGAAGUUUAGACAGAGAAUAUUGCUGCACAGCUGAAUGUAUUCAAAAGGCAAACCAUCAAUUGUAGGUAAUAAAAAUAUUCUUGCAGCAGAAACUGCAUUGAUCAGAUGCUGGAAGGGUGAAAUAUGUUUGUAUUAGGGAAAUUUCACUUACAAUUCUCUGAAGGCAAGGAAGUAUGUAAUAGUAGUUGUUUCCCAUUGUUGUUGUAUUGUAGGAUUAAUGAUUGUUUAUUAUGGUCAGAAAUGUGCUCAACAAUACUUAUUGCGACUCUAAUUGGACAAGUUGUCAACAAUACUUUAACAACACUUUUU